UUCCCGCACACGCUCGUUUUUACCAGUUGGACUAAAUGCGCAGAACUUACCUCAAACUUUGUCAACAAACAUAAAACAGCAUCCAAACAAAAAGGAACAGAAUGGCAAUUUGCAAGAUCCUCUUUUUUCUUCUUGCACUGUGUAUAUGGUGUGGGAAAUGUGAUGUGUUUUAUAAGCAAAUCGGGGAUGAGGUUUCCAUGAAGUGUGGAGUGGAUUCAAACAGUAAUAUAGAAUGGAAAUUGAACGACGUGUUGGUCUUAACCAUUGAUGGCAGACGUGGGACUAGACGGAGGGGUCUUUCCCAUAUUGCGUCAAAAGCAAGUGUAUCUGGAGACAUUUUGAAGGUUCCUAGACUGGAGACAAGAGACUCUGGAAACUAUUUCUGUAGGCAGUCAGGGAAAGAACACAUUGUGCAUGUUGUGUCAGUCUUUGUUAAACCAGGCCCAGUGCUGGUGCAGUCCAGUGAUGCAGAGCUGCACUGUGACAUUACAGGAGACCCAAACAAGGAAGUACAGUGGCUGAGACCUAAUGGUCAAAAAUAUAAUGAAAAUAAUCAAGUAAUUCACCUGAAGUCUGUGACUUCAAAUGAAGCAGGCCAGUGGACGUGUCUAGUCAAGGAUGACUUGAAGCUCAGUGUAACAUUGACUGUUGUUGGUCUCCAGACCACAGCUGUUAAUGCUUCUAAAGGGGAUGACAUAGAGCUGUCCUGUUCUCUUCCUCAGAGUGUAUUUCAGCGUGUUGUGGGUGGGACAUGGAAGGCUAACCACCUUCCCAAAGUCUCUUUCCCAACCCUGACGAACACACCAAAUGAAGGCUUACACUGGAGUUGCGAGGAUUUAUCAAAAGUCAACUUUACUACUGGGCAACUCAGCACCAACUUUGAUGUCACGUUGAAAAAUGUGCAGAGCAGUGAUGAAGGGACGUUUGUGUGUACAGUGGAGUUUGAGGGUGGAGUGCGUCUAAGUGUCGAGACGACAUUGAGGGUUGUGGACAAACCUUCAGGUGGAGGCCUUCCAUGUAAUCCUCAGUCUGAGAUCGCUAAAAUAGUAGAGGAGAUACUGGGAAUAGCCAUUCCUUCCAUUUGUGGCAUUGCAGAUGCUCCAGACCCUGCACUGAUCAAAUUGGAGUUAAAGAGAUGUGUGGAUGAUGCUGGAGCCAGUCCAUCUGACGCAUCUUCUCCUGUAUCAUCUCAGGACCUCUCCUCAUGUCCUCCAGAUAAGCCUUCUCCCUCACAAGACACAGGGUUUGCAGAGAGUGUAGAUCCUGAGGAUGACAUUGAGUCUCUUGAAAGAAAAAAGCUUAAUUUGCAAAUAAAGUUGCUGGAAAAUCAAAAUGAAUAUUAUGCACUCAAACUGAAAAAAUUUAAGAACAGUCAAUGAUUGUCAGUGUUA